AAGCCCUCCUCUGCCUUCUAUUUAUCCAUCAACGCCUCACUAUCUCUUCGUAAAAUUAUUUUUUAGUCUCUCUAAAUCCUAAGAAGCACUUAAAUUCAGUUAGUGAUGCCGUCAAUCGCAGGCUGCAGCUCUUCAAUCAUGGCCGUCAAAUCGGACGAGAUCUCUCGAUCCAACGGUGAAACUACUCCUCAGAAACGGAGAUUAAGAUCUAACGCAGAUCUAGUGAUGCACGAGAGUCCGAUUUCUUCUCCUUUGAAGCGGAAAUCGCCUCGCCGAUGCGUCGAUUCGAGCCCUAACACUCCUACUAAUGGAAUUGAGAAACUAGAAAAGAAAUGCAAAUCGCCUGUGAAGAAAGAAUUGUCAAAUAAUCUCAGCGAGAAACCAAAUUGGAAUCCAAGAGAUGUAAAGCAAGUAAGCGUUGUGAAGGAGGUGUUGCAUGUGUCGACAGCACCAUCUAGUGCUGUGUGCCGUGAAGAUGAGCAGAAAAGGGUCUUUGAUUUCUGUAAGGCGUGUAUAGAGCAGGAAAAGGCUGGGAGUUUGUAUGUGUGUGGGUGCCCGGGGACUGGGAAAUCAUUGUCGAUGGAAAAAGUGAAGCAGUGUUUAGUUGAUUGGGCAAAAGAGGCUGGGUUUCAGCCUCCAGAUGUACUGACCAUGAAUUGCACUUCAUUACCAAAAACAUCUGAAAUCUUCAAGAAGGUGAUGGAGAAAAACCAGCCGGGGAAGAAAAUCAAUGGAUCUACCUCACCUCUACAACAUCUCCAGAACUUGUAUUCGCAGCAACAAAAGUCACUGGGCUCCAAAAUGAUGCUUAUAAUUGCUGAUGAGUUGGAUUAUUUAAUAACCAAGGACCGUGCUGUCCUCUAUGAUCUUUUCAUGCUUACAACUUUCCCAUUUUCUAGAUGCAUAUUGAUAGGAGUAGCAAAUGCCAUAGACCUGGCAGAUCGCUUUCUUCCGAGACUUAAGUCAUUGAAUUGCAAACCUAUGGUUAUAACUUUCAGGGCCUAUUCCAAGGAUCAAAUCCUCAGAAUACUUCAGGAGAGGCUACUGGCAGUGCCACACACAGUUUUUCACCCACAUGCAAUGGAACUUUGUGCCAGAAAAGUUGCAGCUGCAUCUGGAGACAUGCGUAAAGCCCUUUGUGUUUGCAGGAGUGCAAUUGAGAUUCUAGAAGCAGAACUUAGAGAAUCUACGAGCAUUCUAACUUCUGAUAAAGAAUUGUCUCAACAAAAGACAGCUCCAGCUUGUAUUAAAACACAUGAAAAUGACAUCGUGAGGAUUGAUCAUAUGGCUGUUGCUUUAUCAAAAGCUUUUAGGUCACCAACAGUGGACACCAUACAGUCCCUCCCUCAGCAUCAACAAAUGAUACUGUGCGCUGCUGUGAAGUUUUUCCGUGGAGGAAAGAAGGAUACUACUGUAGGAGAGCUAAACAAAUCUUACAUGGAGAUCUGCAAAUCAACAAUCAUACCACCGGUUGGGAUUUUGGAAUUCUUGAGUAUGUGCAGAGUUCUAGGUGACCAGGGGCUUCUUAAACUAGGUCAGUCUCGUGAUGAUAAAUUAAAGAGAGUAACCUUAAAAGUAGAUGAAGCAGACAUCACAUUUGCAUUGCAGGGAGUCCGAGUCUUCCGGAAUUGCCUUCAGUGAUGCUAAUAAUUGACGAGUACGAGGAUUUUUAUCUCUCUUUCAACUUCAUAUCUGGUCGCUAUUUAUCAGAGUACUCCACCUAUUCCAAGAAUCAUGCUAAGGUGAAUGCAUGAUGGAGACAUGCAAAGAGCUAAGAGAGAGAGCAGACCUGGAUUGCAUGAACCGUUUUAUUUUCAACCACAAUGAGAGCUGCCAUUUACAGAAAUAUCGACAGGAAAAGGACUAAUUCAGUACAGAUUUAUAGUAGUGUGCAAAUUAAGUCACUGCUUUUACAAUAGCUGUAUUACAUUUUAUGAAGUCAGUGGAAAGGUUUUGCUCCUGAUCCCCCCCCUGCAAUAACGAAGGGAAAAGCUUCUUCUUUUUCGUCCGUGGUGCAAAACAUGUAAAAUGUUUUAGGACUAAAAUGUAAAAUGUUUGCAAGUUUGGGUGCCUUUGCCCACUCAUCGUUGAAGGUA